CAAUUGCACUGGACCUGCACUUGACAGUGACCAAGAAACUUUAUCUCGUGACCACAUUUUUUGUGUUUUGAGAUCAUCUUGAGAAGAUGAACGGCACGGAGGGCAACAACUUCUACAUCCCCAUGUCCAACAGGACAGGGCUGGUGAGGAGUCCUUUUGAAUAUGAGCAGUACUACCUGGCUGAACCAUGGCAGUUCAAGAUGCUUGCUUUUUACAUGUUUAUACUUAUCAGUCUGGGAUUCCCCAUCAAUGGGGCGACACUGUUGGUGACAGUACUGCACAAAAAGCUUCGUCAGCCUCUCAACUUUAUUUUGGUCAACCUGGCUGUUGCUGGUAUGAUCAUGGUCUGCUUUGGAUUCACCAUCACCAUUACCUCAGCUCUUAAUGGCUACUUCGUCUUUGGAGCCACGGGUUGUGCUAUUGAAGGUUUCAUGGCUACUCUUGGAGGUCAAGUUGCCCUAUGGUCACUGGUUGUGCUGGCUGUUGAGAGAUAUGUUGUUGUCUGCAAGCCCAUGGGCAGCUUUAAGUUUGGUACUACCCAUGCUGGAGCCGGAGUGGCAUUCACAUGGGUCAUGGCUAUGGCAUGUGCCGCACCACCCCUCGUUGGCUGGUCAAGGUACAUCCCUGAGGGAAUGCAGUGUUCCUGUGGACCUGACUACUACACCCUGAGCCCUGGAUACAAUAACGAGUCAUAUGUGAUCUACAUGUUCACCUGUCAUUUCUGUGUCCCUGUCGUUACUAUCUUUUUCACCUAUGGAAGCCUUGUCCUCACAGUCAAAGCGGCUGCAGCCCAACAGCAGGACUCAGCCUCCACCCAGAAGGCAGAGAGGGAAGUGACACGUAUGUGCGUCCUGAUGGUUUGUGGCUUCCUGAUUGCUUGGACCCCCUAUGCCAGUUUUGCUGGCUGGAUCUUCAUGAAUAAGGGAUCUUCUUUCACUGCUCAGUCCAUGGCUAUUCCUGCCUUUUUCGCAAAGUCCUCAGCCUUGUUCAACCCCAUCAUCUAUGUGGUGCUUAACAAACAGUUCCGUAGCUGCAUGAUGCAGACAGUCUUUGGCAAAGCCCCUGAGGAUGAAGCAUCAGUGUCCGCAAGCAAGACAGAAGUGUCUUCAGUGGGUCCUGCAUAAGCAUCAUACUUGCACCGAUUUACCUGUCAACAAGCUACAGUUGCCGAUGGCACAAACUCAAUGUUGGUUGCUCUCUAAAUGUUAUGUGGUAUUUCUGGAUGAAAAUAAUAAUACUGGAAAAAAUUAUUCAGAUUUGGUUGGAAAUUUAUUUUGGACCAAAGUCUGCCAAUGUCCAUUAGACCACAAUGUAAUUUGGCUUUUGACUUGCACCAGUAAGUACAGUCAAAACUUCCUUGUCCAUCUGAAUUUUUUCAGCCGAAAUGCUUUUUUUAAAUAUCCAUCAUGUGUACAUGUAAAUACAUUUACUUUGUACAAAGAGCAUUAAACUUGCAGUAUUGCACUGCAAUACACUGCACAAUGUAACAUGGUAUAUGAACUGUCUGGUACAACUGACAAAUACUUUGUGAUGAUAGUGUUGGUAUUUGACAUUUUAACACCUUUGAAUGAUUGUUUAUCACUGAAUGGAUUGUGAGGUUUUAUUUUUAUGUUGCUUAACUGCUAACAAAUAUUUUGUUAGUGUGACUGUUUUAUUUUUUGUGUAUGUACAGUAUUUUAUAAAGCAAAGAAAAAGCAAAAAACAAAAACAACUUCUAGUGAAAUAAAUGACUGCAUCAAAUGAGGCGUCUUACCAGUGUCAUUAAUCUGAUAGGGCAA